GUGAUAAUUUCAGCAUGGCGGCCGGACCGAUAGCCGAGCGUAAUCAAGAUGCCACUAUUUAUGUCGGUGGAUUAGAUGAAAAAGUUGCAGAGACCCUUCUGUGGGAACUGUUUCUUCAAGCUGGACCAGUUGUGAAUGUUCACAUGCCUAAAGAUCGUAUCACCCAGCUCCAUCAAGGUUAUGGGUUUAUUGAAUUCCUUGGUGAAGAGGAUGCAGAUUAUGCUAUCAAAGUGAUGAACAUGAUAAAAGUAUAUGGCAAGCCAAUUAGAGUGAACAAGGCAUCAGCACACAAUAAGAACCUUGAUGUGGGUGCCAACAUUUUUAUUGGCAAUCUUGAUCCAGAGAUUGAUGAGAAACUGUUGUAUGACACAUUCAGUGCUUUUGGAGUUAUUCUUCAAACCCCUAAGAUUAUGCGGGAUCCCGAGACUGGUAACUCCAAGGGCUUUGCAUUCAUCAACUUUGCAAGUUUUGAAGCAUCUGAUGCUGCUAUGGAAGCAAUGAAUGGGCAGUACUUGUGCAAUCGACCAAUCACAAUUUCUUAUGCCUUUAAGAAGGAAUCAAAGGGUGAAAGGCAUGGGUCUGCAGCAGAGCGUCUAUUGGCAGCACAGAAUCCUCUGGCACAAGCUGACAGACCUCAUCAGCUGUUUGCAGAUGCACCUCCGACUCCUGCUGCUGCUUCUGUAGCACCACCAGCAGUUACCUCAAUCAUGCCUCCGGCAGUCAUGGCAGUACCUCCCCCUUCUUCUAUGCCAAAUAUGCCCAACAUGCCUCCAGGUGCACCACCAAUGCCACCUGUUCCACCUGGAAUGCCUCCCCCUGGUAUGCCUCCCCCAGGCAUGAUGCCACCUGGCUUCCCACCACCAGGAAUGUUCCCUCCAAGAAUGCCUGGCAUGCCUAUGAUGCCCGGACAUCCUGACCAACUACCACCCCCACCCCCACCUGGUGCGCUCGGCCCACCGGGCCAAAUGCCACCUCGACCCCCUCCAAUGGAGGGAGGUCAGUUUAUGCCACCUGUGCCACCAAAUAUGCCACCACCACCUCAGGUCAGUAUGAUGUACGGAUAUUCUGUCAGUGUCUGGUUUUUCAGGCGACACAAUGGUUUGAUAGCUUCUUCACGUUACUCUGGAUCAUUAAUUGCUGACCAUGAUUAUUUCUUGUAAGCAUUGCCAAGUUUU